CAAAUAUUCUUUGUAGUUUCGCUUCAAUUACCAAGGCGAGUACGACGUGAUAGCAACACUAGUUUAGCACCAUGGGGACAAUGGUUUGGAUUCUAGCGUUGUGCUGUGUAAUUGCAACGGGGCUUCAGACGAUAAAUGCGGAUGAAAACUUACCAAUAGUUGUUCGAAUGCAUAGAACUGUGGUUGAUAAUACUAACACAAAUCUAAUCGAUUCCGACGAUUCUAAAAAGAAUGCAAAGCCCGUGGCAUCACUUGUGGUAGCUGUACAAGCGUAAUGCUUUGUAACCAUGAGAAUAAAAUAGUUGCCUCAUAUGAGUGCAGUUCUGUCGAUGCUCAACGACCUUACUGUGUGGGCAAUGGAAUGUGUACAAAUAUCAUGGAUGCACAAUGUAACACGCCUAGCGAACUAUGCCCUCCAGAACAAUCCUAUACAUUUUAUCCAGUUCCCGGCAAUUGUAGUGAAUCGGUAUAUUGCAACGAUAAAAAGUUCGCAAUGAAGCAAAGCGCUCCUAGCUCAUCGUACGUGUUCAAUUCUUUAGUCCAAUCAUGGACUUUGCGUAAAACUACUGCCGAUUGUUUCCAAAUUAACUGUCUGAGCUCAACGAUGCAGAACAAAUUUUAUGUAUAUAAAACAAAUCCUCGGUUAUAUUUUUAUUGCGCCACCUUCGGGCCGAUGACGUUCGAAUGUAGUGAAAAUGAAGAAUUCAAUGAAACUAAGAGAAGGUGUGAGUUUGCUUGCAAAAAAGAAGGCAAAUUUGCAAUUCCGGACGGAAAUGGAGGAUCGCAAACGGAUCGCUACUAUUUAUGUUUGGCGGGACUGAACGGAUCGUACCAAUUGUUUGAAACACCCUGUCCUACUGGGCUGACUUUUCAAACGGACGAUUGCAAACUACCACCGCCACCAGCUACAUCAUAAAAUAAUCUAACAUUGUUGCUUAAUAAAUUGCAUGUUUAAAAA